AUGAAUGAGACCCGGCGAGAAUCUCGGGAUCCCCGGCACUGACCCAGACAUCAUACUGUAACCUGGUGUAAUAACGCUGCAGCGGCAGGAGCCUGGAGCACUGCAGGAGCCUGGGAGCACUACAGGAACCUGAGACCACUGCAGGAGCAGGGCUGAAGUCUUGAGCUAGAAGAGGACAGAUAGCAGACACAAGCAGCCUUUACCACUUUGUUCUUCAGCUUCUCUUUUUGUUUCUUGUUCAACCAAACUUUGGACCCCUAACUGAGGACAACACCCAGCAGGAGGGACGGGACAGGAAGGAGGGAACGGGGAAGGAGACCCUAGGAAGUGUGUUGGGAGGCUCUGAACACCAGCGCUCAUGGAAGCGAAACUCCUCCACUUUCUCAACCGACGAUGAAAGUUUCACACCCGUCUGUGCCGGCGCCGCUGAAUCCCUGCCAUAGUCCACACGUGGUGACGUCUGAUGUCCUGGGACCGACCAGCGGCUGAAUCAUGGUCAUUCUGCAGCAGGGGGACUAUGUGUGGUUGGACCUGAAGACGGGCCGGGAGUUCGUCGUCCCGGUGGGAGCGGUAGUCAAGCUCUGCGAUUCUGGGCAAAUCCAGGUUCUGGACGAUGAAGGCCGGGAACACUGGAUUUCCCCUCAGAAUGCCACCAACAUCAAGCCCAUGCACCCGACCUCCAUCCAUGGGGUGGAGGACAUGAUCCGGCUGGGCGACCUCAACGAAGCCGGGAUCCUCCGCAACCUGCUGAUCCGUUACAACGAACGCGUCAUCUAUACGUACACGGGCUCGAUCCUCAUCGCGGUCAACCCCUACCAGCUGCUGCCCAUCUACACUCCGGACCAGAUCCGCCUCUACACCAACAAGAAGAUCGGCGAGAUGCCACCGCACAUAUUCGCCAUCGCAGACAACUGUUACUUCAACAUGCAGAGGAACAACAAGGACCAGUGCUGCAUCAUCAGCGGCGAGUCUGGAGCCGGGAAGACGGAGAGCACCAAGCUGAUACUGCAGUUCCUCGCCGCCAUCAGCGGCCAGCACUCCUGGAUCGAGCAGCAGGUGCUGGAGGCCACGCCCAUUCUGGAAGCUUUCGGCAACGCCAAGACGAUUCGGAACGACAACUCCAGCCGCUUUGGGAAGUACGUCGAUAUCCACUUCAGCAAACGAGGCGCCAUCGAAGGAGCCAAAAUAGAGCAGUACCUGCUGGAGAAAUCUCGCGUCUGUCGACAGGCUCCCGAUGAGAGGAACUACCACGUAUUUUACUGCAUGCUGAGGGGCAUGGGUCCAGAGAUGAAGGCUAAGCUGGGUCUGGGUCUGGCCACGGACUACUCCUACCUCACCAUGGGUCACUGCACACAGUGUGACGGCCGUGACGACCUCAACGAUUACUCCAGCAUCCUGGCGGCCAUGAAGGUCCUCAUGUUCACCGAGACGGAGAGCUGGGAGAUCUCCAAGCUGCUGGCGGCCAUCCUGCACAUGGGCAACCUGCGCUUCGAGGCCCGUAUCUAUGACAACCUGGACGCCUGUGUGGUUGUGAGAUCUCCUGACUUGGUGACGGCUGCGUCACUCAUGGAGGUGGAGCCAAAGGAUGUGAUGGUGUGUUUGACCACUCGAACCCUCAUCACGCGCGGCGAAAGCGUCACCACGCCCCUCAGCGUGGAACAAGGGCUGGACGUCAGGGACGCCUUCGUUAAGGGGAUCUACGGGAGGUUGUUCGUCUGGAUAGUAGACAAGAUUAACGCGGCCAUCUACCGGCCUCCUUCCUGCGAGAGUCCCGUCGUGAGAAGAUCCAUCGGGUUGCUGGACAUCUUUGGCUUCGAGAACUUUAUCGUCAACAGUUUUGAGCAGUUGUGCAUCAAUUUUGCCAACGAGAACCUGCAGCAGUUCUUCGUUCGCCACGUCUUCAAACUGGAGCAGGAGGAGUACAACCUGGAGGACAUCAGCUGGCAGCACAUCGAGUUCACGGACAACCAGGACGCGCUGGACAUGAUCGCCAACAAGCCCAUGAACAUCAUCUCCCUCAUUGACGAAGAGAGCAAGUUCCCUAAGGGAACUGACGCCACGAUGCUGUAUAAACUCAACUCGCAGCACAAGCUCAAUUCCAACUACUUUCCUCCUAAAAACUGCUAUGAAACCCAGUUUGGGAUCCAACACUUCGCUGGAGUUGUCAAUUACGAGUCCAGAGGGUUCCUGGAGAAGAACCGAGACAGCCUCCACACCGACAUCAUCCAGCUCGUCCACUCGUCCAAGAACAAGUUCAUCAAGCAGAUCUUCCAGGCCGACGUUGCCAUGUUUCUGUGUGGCUAUCAGCAGCCCAGCACUCCUGCUCCAAAGGGCGUUGAGACGAGGAAGCGCUCUCCGACUCUGAGUAGUCAGUUCAAGCGUUCCCUGGAGAUGCUGAUGAGGACGCUCAGUGUGUGUCAGCCGUUCUUCGUUCGCUGUAUUAAACCCAACGAACUCAAAAGACCAAUGUUAUUUGACAGAGAGUUGUGCAUCCGCCAGCUGCGCUACUCCGGGAUGAUGGAGACCAUCCGGAUCAGGCGGGCUGGUUAUCCCAUCCGAUACAGCUUUGGUGAAUUUGUGGAUCGCUACAGAGUCCUGAUGCCGGGCAUCAAACCCGCCCACAUACAGGAGGACCUGCAGGGGACGUCCCAGCGGAUUGUCCUGGCGCGGCUUGGGAAUCACGAUGACUGGCAGAUCGGAAAAACCAAGAUUUUCUUAAAGGACCACCAUGACAUGCAGCUGGAGAUCGAGAGGGACAAGGCCAUCACCGACAAGGUCAUCCUCAUCCAGAAGACGGUUCGAGGGAUGAAAGUGAGGACCAACUUCCUCCGGCUACGGAGGGCCGUGACGGUCAUCCAGAAGGCCUGGAGAGGUUACCGGUGCAGGAAGAAUUACCAAAUUAUGAAGUCGGGCUUCCUGCGGCUCCAGGCGGUCUGCAGGUCCAGGAAAUACUACAGAAGCUACCGGAUCACUCGCCUCCGUGUGACGCUCAUCCAGGCCCGCUGCCGGGGCUUCCUGAUCCGGCAGGCCUUCUGGCGGCGUCUCCGCGCCGUGUUGACGGUCCAGGCCUACACCAGAGGCAUGAUAGCCAGGCGCCUCUGCCAGAGGCUCAGGGCGGAGCGGCGGCGUCGCCUGGAAGCGGAGCGCCAGCGUCGGGCCGAGGAGGAGCAGCUGAGGAACCAGAUGACGGUCCGGAGGGCCAAGGUGGAGGCUGAGAGGAAGCACCAGGAGCGACUGUUCCAGCUGAGCCAGCAGCAGGAGGAGAGGGAGAGGGAGGAGAAGGAGGAGGCCAGGAAGAAGAAGGAGCUGCUGGAGCAGAUGGAGAGGGACAAGGAGCAGCCCGUCGACCACUCCGACAUGGUCGACCGCAUGUUCGGUUUCCUCGGGGACUCCGGGCCGCUGCCGAACCAGGACGGACAGGGGCCAGCUGGGUUUGAAGAUCUGGAACAGACGCCUCGCGGUGAGGAAGCAGAGGAGGAGGUCCUGAACGAAGCCCCGCCGUUACCUGAGGAGGAAGAGGAGGACUUGUCCGAGUACAAGUUUUCCAAGUUCGCCGCCACUUACUUCCAGGGCGUGUCCACGUACUCGUACAUCAGACGGCCGCUCAAGCAGCCGCUGCUUUUCCACGAAGACGAAGGAGACCAGCUGGCAGCUCUGGCCGUGUGGAUCACCGUGCUGAGGUUCAUGGGGGACCUUCCAGAACCAAAGUGUCAGAUGGUCAUCAACGACGGCAGCGAGAAGAUCCCCGUCAUGACCAAGAUCUACGAAACGCUUGGAAAGAGGACGUACAAGAGGGAGCUGCAGGAGCUGCAGGUGGACGGAGAGAACACCCCCGUAGACGCCCAGAAGAGGAACAGCGUCAGACAUAAACUCGUGUCUCUCACGCUGAAGAGGAAAUCCAAGAUCACAGAGGAGGUUGCCAGGCGACUGACGGAGGGGGGCGACUACGCCCUUCAGGGAAACAGCAUGCUGGAGGACCGGCCCACCUCCAACCUGGAGAAACUUCACUUCAUCAUCGGGAACGGUAUCCUGCGUCCGGCUCUCAGGGAUGAGAUCUACUGUCAGAUCUGCAAGCAGCUGACCCAGAACCCGUCCAAAAGCAGCCACGCCCGCGGCUGGAUCCUGCUGUCCCUCUGCGUGGGCUGCUUCGCCCCCUCGGAGAAGUUUGUCAAAUAUCUGCGGACGUUCCUGAUCAACGGCCCUCCCGGUUACGCGCCCUACUGCGAAGAAAGAUUGAGAAGGACGUUUGUCAACCGGACGCGGACGCAGCCGCCGUCGUGGCUGGAGCUGCAGGCCACAAAGUCCAAGAAGCCCAUCAUGCUGCCGGUCACGUUCAUGGACGGGACAACGAAGACCCUCCUCGCAGACUCGGCCACCACGGCCAGCGAGCUCUGCAAUGCUCUGGCCGACAAGAUCAGCCUGCUGGAUCGCUUCGGCUUCUCGCUGUACAUCGCUCUGUUUGACAAGGUGUCAUCGCUGGGCAGCGGCAGCGACCACGUCAUGGACGCCGUGUCGCAGUGUGAGCAGUACGCCAAGGAGCAGGGCGCCCAGGAGAGGAACGCCCCCUGGAGGCUGUUCUUCAGGAAGGAGAUCUUCAGCCCCUGGCACAACCCCGCCGACGACCACGUCGCCACCAACCUCGUUUACCAGCAGAUCGUCCGAGGAGUGAAGUUUGGAGAGUACCGUUGUGAGAGGGAGGACGACCUGGCAGAGCUGGCGUCGCAGCAGUACUAUGUGGACUACGGCUCCGAGGUCCUGCAGGAGCGCCUGCUCAGCCUCAUCCCGUCCUACAUCCCCGACAGAGAAAUCACUUCCACUAAGACGGCAGAGAAGUGGUCUCAGCUCAUCGUCAACACCCACAAAAAGGGACUACACAACAAGAGGAGGCUGAACACACAGAAGGUGAAGGAGGAUGUGGUGGAUUUUGCUCGGUUAAAGUGGCCUUUACUCUUCUCACGCUUCUAUGAGGCCUUCAAGUUCUCAGGGCCCAGUCUUCCUAAAAACGAUGUCAUCGUGGCGGUGAACUGGACCGGCGUUUACUUCGUGGACGAGCAGGAGCAGGUCCUUCUGGAGCUGUCGUUCCCAGAGAUCACGGCGGUGUCCAGCAGCAGAGGGGGGAAGCUUCAGGGUCAGAGUUUCACAUUGGCCACCAUUAAAGGCGAUGAGUACACGUUCACCUCCAACAACGCCGAGGACAUCCGUGACCUGGUGGUGACCUUCCUCGAAGGUCUGAGGAAGAAGUCCAAAUAUGUGGUGGGACUGCUGGACUGUCCGAAUCCCGCAGGGGUGGAUUCCAACUUCCUGAGUUUCUCCAAGGGGGAUCUGAUCAUCCUGGACGAACACGACGGAGAGCACGUGAUGAACUCGGGCUGGGCUCACGGCAUCAACGACCGGACUAAACAGAGAGGAGACUUCCCAGCCGACUGUGUCUAUGUGCUGCCCACCAUCACCAGGCCACAGUACGACAUCGUGGCUCUGGUCACGAUGACUCCUGAUCAGAGGAGAGAAUCCAUCAGUCUGUCUCAGAUGAGCCUUUCAGAGCAGGAGGACAAAUCCAAGGCCUACACGCUGGAGGAGUUCUCCUACGACUACUUCAGGACGCCUCCGAAGAGCACUCUGAGCAGGGUGAUGAUGUCCAAAGCUCGAGGGAAGGAGCGUCUGUGGAGCUGCACCAGGGAGCCGCUCAAACAGCCUCUGCUGAAGAAGGUCCUGGCUCACGAGGAGCUCUCGCAGGAGGCCUGCCUGGCCUUCAUAGCCGUCAUGAAGUACAUGGGCGACUACCCGUCCAAACGUGUACGAUCCGUCAACGAGCUCACCGAUCAGAUAUUCGAAGGAGCUCUGAAGGCCGAACCUCUCAAAGACGAGAUCUUCUGUCAGAUUAUCAAGCAGCUUACUGAUAACCACAUCAAGUACAGCGGGGAGAAGGGCUGGGAGCUGCUGUGGCUCUGCACGGGUUUGUUUCCUCCCAGCAACAACCUGCUGCCUCACGUCCAGAAGUUCCUCCAGGCUAAGAAACACUACCCGCUGGCUCCAGACUGCAUGCAGCGGCUGCAGAAGGCCUUGCGAAAUGGAUCGAGGAAGUAUCCUCCUCACCUGGUGGAGGUGGAGGCCAUCCAGCACAAAACCACUCAGAUCUUCCACAAGGUUUACUUCCCCGACGACUCAGACGAGGUGUUUGAGGUGGAGUCCAGCACCAAGGCCAAGGACUUCUGCCAAAACAUCUCUGGGCGGCUCAUGCUGAAGUCCUCGGAGGGGUUCAGUCUUUUUGUGAAGAUCGCUGACAAGGUCAUCAGCGUGCCGGAUGGAGACUUUUUCUUUGACUUUGUGAGGCACCUGACUGACUGGAUCAAAAAAGCCCGACAUGUGAAAGACGGAGGGGCAGGUGUGGUGCCUUCACUGACCUAUCAGGUGUUCUUCAUGAAGAAGCUGUGGACCAACACGGUGCCGGGGAAGGACACAAUGGCAGACUCCAUCUUUCACUACUACCAAGAGCUCCCCAAAUAUCUGCGUGGGUACCACAAGUGCUCCAGGGAGGAGGUGCAUCAGCUGGCCGCCCUCAUCUACAGGGUGAAGUUCGAGGAGGAUAAAGUCCACUUCCAAAAUAUCUCCAAGGUCCUGAAGGACCUGGUCCCUCAGGACCAGAUGAGACACCUGUCCCCCGACGACUGGAAGAGGUCCAUCAUGACCGUUUUCAACAAACACUCAGGAAAGACGUGCGAAGACGCCAAACUGUCCUUCCUCAAGGUCAUCUACAAGUGGCCCACGUUUGGCUCGGCUUUCUUUGAAGUGAAGCAAACAACUGAUCCAAAUUACCCAGAAACCCUCUUGAUAGCGAUCAACAAACACGGAGUCAGUCUGAUUGAUCCCAAAACGAAGGACAUCCUCACCACACACUCCUUCACCAAGAUAUCCAACUGGAGCAGCGGCAACACGUACUUCCACAUCACCAUCGGCAACCUGGUCCGAGGCAGCAAGCUGCUCUGCGAGACCUCGCUGGGCUACAAGAUGGACGACCUCCUGACCUCCUACAUCAGCCAGAUGCUGACGACGAUGACCAGACAGCGAAGCUCUCGGGGCAACAGCAAGUGAGCGCACCGCUGGAAACGCCCACAUCAGACUGUGACGACAUCAUCGGCCCCGUCUUAAAAUUCACCUUUGCCUUUAAGAGGAAAAACUCCCUUUCCCAGCAUUCAACUCAGCAUUCAUUUCAUGUGAGCGGUUUUAUCUCCGUGUACCAAACAGCUUUUUAAAAACAGAGUAUUCCUUCAGCGUUUAGGUCGAGUUUUCUAACAAGUGCGGACCCUGAUCUCAGAGCUUGGGUCGGGUGUUGAGACAUGAAACGUGAGUCUGGGUUUAAACGUAGCCGAGUGUUUUUUAUCCUCUCUGUAGUCGUGUUUGUGCCGCCAAGUUCAAAAUUCCUCUUUGUCUCCAUUGUUUUAUCGUUUGUUUUUUAGGAUUUAAAUGUUUCACUCAUGUGAAUCUUUCUGUAGCAAAUCAAUAAAAGACAUUUUA